CAGAAGUGCUGUCCUGCGUGCGUCACCGUAACCCGGAAACAGACAGCAAAAGGCUUUCGCUUCGUCUCAGUCGCUGAAAUGGAGGGGACUUCACACGGCGCUCUCACCUGAGUGAGGAAGGCGAGAGGUGACGGGUGAAACUACACAGCACGAUCGUUUUUAUGGCACUUCAGAAGGAGAUCGCCGGAGAAGCACACACGAGAGAACAUGCCCAUCUACCACGCUCUACCGUCGUCCGCUCUCCUUUGGUGAAUAAGCCGAUGAAUGGAAAUAAAUAAGAUAAUAUAUACCACUGGACAAAACAGCUCGCCGUACAACUCCCCUUCCUGUUCUUUAACACUCCAUCCCGAGACAGUCGGAGAGCGCACACUUUUGAUCUACUCACAGAACCGCAGCGGAGAGGUAAAGAGGUAGUCUAACCCUGAUUAGAAACGUCUCAGCCUUCGCGAUGGUGGAUAACCGCUACGCCACGGCGCUGGUGAUCGGCUCGGUGCUGAGCCUGCUGGCGACCGUGUACCUGUCCGUGGCGGUCGGCACCCAGCACUGGUACCAGUACAUCAGCCCGCCGGCGGCCGGCGGCGGCGGGGCCAACGCCUCCGACCUCAGCGCCAUGCGUGAGGAAUUCAAACACGGCGAGGUCGACGAGAAGGCCUACAGCGACACGCUCUUCCGCCUCAACGGAACCCUGGGCCUGUGGUGGCGCUGCAUCCAGGUGCCCGCACACUCGCACUGGUUUAAAGAGCCAGAUCCAAAGAUGGUGACAGACUGUGUGAGCUUCACCCUGCAACAGCAGUUCCAGCCCAAGUACAGGCAUCCCGGCAACCACAACAGUGGGGAGGACCUGCUUCGUACCUAUCUGUGGAGAUGUCAGUUCCUGCUGCCGCUUGUUUCCCUGGGGCUGGUGUUUCUGGGCGCACUGAUUGGACUCUGCGCUUGCCUCUGUCGCAGCCUUACCCCCACACUGGGCAUUGGAGUGCUCCAUCUACUGGCAGGUCUGUGCACGCUGGCCACCGUGUGCUGCUUCCUGGCCGGGAUGGAUCUGCUGCACCGUGUGUCGGAGACGCCGGAUGGCGUGGACGCCUCGCUGGGCUGGUCCCUCUACCUGGCUCUCAUCUCCUCCCCCCUGCACAUGAUGGCCGCCGCCCUGCUGCUGUGGGCCGCCAGGAGCCACCGGCAGAACUACCACCGCAUGACCGCUUACCGCGUGGCGUAGGCGGGCAGGAAGAACCUGCCGCGCCCUGCCCCACCCGGGCCAAGUUAACACUACCCAACGCUGCAGCUGAAAUGCAUAGGAACUUGUUUUGUUGUCGUUGUUGUCGCUUUCUUCUUUGUGGAUCAGUGCUGCACUGAUCUUUAACAUAUGUGUACUGGCUGAUAGGGAGGGCUCAGCUAGUAGGAACAGCAAUCCAGAUGAUUUAAAGCUCAGUCAGUCAGUCCCACAUUGAUCCAAUAGAUAAGACCUAUGGUCUGCGUGAGCACAACAGGCUUUAGAUGAAUAGGUAAAGCUUUGAGGCAGAGGAGGAAGAAGCUUGUAAGCACAGGAAACAGGAAGUAAGGAGGGAUAAAACAGGACAGGAAACAGGAAGGGAAACUUUCCAGACUCUCACAUGCUUUACUGUGGCUUCAUAUUGUUUUAUGAAUUGUACUAGUGUAUGUUGUACAGUUAUUUUUUAAACCUGUGUUUACAUUUAUUUCAGGUAUCAUGUGUUUUUCUGGUUUGCCAUUUCAGAGGAAUAAGAAUGUUUCCUUGUAAUUUUAUUAAACCGUAAAUAAUUUCUUGUAGUAUUGUCAAAAACUAAGAGCAGUCCAGUAAAAGUCACAGUAAGAGUUCUACUUCUGUGAAUAUAGUGCUUCUCCAUUUUAACAAAGCCUAACUGCAUCAUUGCAUGGCAAAUACUCCAGUGUGUA